GAAGUCUAUAGAGAAGUGGAUGUCAUUCUUUCUUUUCAUACUGAAUGCAAAUCCGGGGUGUUGGUUUCUUAGUUUAAACAAAUGUUAUGUUAACAUUUCGAGUAACUUUUUUCGUUUGUUUUCUACCUAAGUUUGAAACUGUGUAAAAGUGCUUUUGAAUAAUCUGUUUAUGUUGACUUCUCUUUUUGAUUUAUUUUCAAAUUGUUUAUCUCUGUAGGCUGUUUUUUAUUCAUCAUUAAUACACUAACUAGUUAAUUUUUUGUGCGUUUUUUUAUUUGCAUCUUUUUAAACUGAACAUCAGAUUUUCAGUACAGAACGAGAUUUCUCAGGGGACAUGAUGUCUAGCACAGCGUGACCUUGUUCUGAGAGGCGACAGUUCUUUCGAUGCUUGACGAUAUCUGGAAAUUUAUACUCGUCAUUAAAACAAGUCCAUUUGGAAACAUGAGUUGUGACAGUGUUCCAUCCAAAUCAGAAGUCAUGAGCUGGGAUUCACAUCGACUAGCAGACUUUCUGAAGAAAAGAAAUCUAACUGGAUGUGAUAAGGUCAUAACACAAUAUAAAAUAAAUGGACACAGGUUUCUGACUAUGUCCGAAAAUGACCUUCAAAAGUUUCCUAAGCUUCAUGCACCGAUAAUCACCAAGAUUUGUCAAGAAAUCAACAAAGAGAAGAAGAGAUUCUUUUCACCAAUUCCAACAAUAAAUAGGCAACAACCAGUUCUCAGCUACCCACAACCACCAGUUGGCAAUGCACACCACGAGAAUCAAGCAUGGGAUUCUGAAGAGUUUGAGAGUGAGGACGAUUACGAGGAUCCCAAUUCAAAUAGUGAAGGUGAAGCCAGUGGUGGAGAUUAUGAGGCCCCUGAAGAGGCAUCAGACGGUGAAUAUGAGCCCCCACCGAGUGAACCCCCGGAUAACAGCCCCCAUAUUCUUCCUGCUAAAUCCAUAGGAAACAGUGAUUAUAUUGAUAACAAUCGUAAUCGUGGGGCUGGCAGGACGCAUCCACCUGUGCCUCCAGAGCGCCCUGGACCUGGCCCCUCUCUUCCUCCUGUGGAUCGGCCAAUUGUCAGACUACCUGCAAGAGAAGAACGGUCACCAAAAAGGCCCCCUGCACCCACAGUGGACCGCAGUACUAAACCAGGAGCUAAGGACAGAGCUCACCCUCCUCCUGUAGUAGGUGGCAGUAGUUCUCUGGACAGAGCAGCCCAACCAAUAAGAAGCAGCGCUGUUCCUCACAGACCUGCAAUGGAGAUGCCAGGAGACCCGAUGAGAAUUCCCAAACCAUCACUCCCUCCAUCCGGAGUGCGAAGGAGCGCUUCAUCCGUCACUCCGGGAUACUCUCAAGACAGACACCUUGACUGCAGAACUGAGUUUCAUGAUGACACUGCCAGGCAGACCUCCAACACAUUUCCAAUGCACUCCAGAAAUCCAUCACCAAGGCCGCCAGGAACACACAGACAGUCUUUUCAAAGAGACAGUGUUAGUCCCAGUCGAUCGCUACCGGCAAAACUACAAGAGGCAAUGAGUGCUCACCGGAACAGUGCAAGAGUAGCAGUACCACCGCCGCAGUCUGACAUGGGGGUCAAACAGGAUAUGGAUCCGUCAUGGUAUGUGGGACAGAUCACUCGCGUUGAUGCAGAGAGAUGUCUGAGAAGAGUGAACACGGAUGGGACGUUCCUGGUGCGAGACAGCUCGAAUCGUUCCUCUAACCAGCCCUACACGCUCGUGGUACUUUACCAGGAUAAAGUUUACAACAUUCAGAUCCGCAGAAAGCCGGAUGGCUUUAUACUUGGCACUGGUCUAAAAUCCACAGAGGCUUUUGAGAGGGUCAGCGACAUUAUCAAUCAACACAGACAGAUGCCACUCCUCCUUAUUGAUGCUAAAAACAGAGAAUCAAGUCAACAGAAGCAAUGUGCUCUGAUGUAUCCAGCUGGACGUUAAAUAUUUACCCAGGGAUUAGUUUCUCAUCCCAACGCAGGACUGCAGCAAAUUAUAGCUAGCCCUAGAUCUUUUUAUGGAUGUUUUUUCAAUGGCUGAAAAUGAUGGGGAAAACAGUAACUACUUUUUUUACGUGUUCCUUCAAUGUUAAUAUUAUAAACAAACUUAAGUAAAUCGAGCUCUGAUCUGGUUUAGGGUUUUUUCUUUUCUUUUAAUUGUUCUAUUGUUUUCUAUUAAAAGUGACCGUUUGUUUUGCGAUAAUAUCGUGAAGCUGCACUGCAAAUCUGCAAUUUAUUUACAAGGCAAUAAAGAUUAGGGUAUUGUGUUAAUAAUUCACGAACACGCUAGCCAACUAUUUAGGAUUCCUGUGUCUUUUCCGUUAAUAUUAAUCUUUAAAUAAAUAUUAGGAUUACAUUGCACAACUGUCAGCACUGGCAACGCAAACUAAACUAGUGUGUUCACCCAUUGAAUCUUUCUGUUAACCUGCGCGUGCGAGGAUUUCUCACUCUCUAAAGGGAAAACGCAGGUCAACGUUUCCCCUUAAUGCAUUCACGACAAUCAAACUGUCAUCGUGCAUGCUUACAACAUAAUGGUGUACAAAGGAGAUUCAGUUACAUGACUGGCAUGAUUUGGCAUAGGACGUCAAAGCUAUAAUCAUAAUCCCGAUUACAUGAUGGCCUGUUCUUGGAAAACGAAAUCUUGUUGUGUUACACUUUGUCAAACAUAAAAAACCCCAUUAAAAGCACGUUAGCAGAUUGCACAGAUACCCUGAGGACAUCAGUUUCAGUUAUGAUCGAUACUGCAAGAGCACGCACACAGUUUUCUUGCCAGUUUCCAGAUUGCUCUGAGGCAACACAUAGAAAUAAACCUAUUUUAAAACAAGGACAUUAUUAUAAAUGUCUGUGUAAUGUUUUUUUUACUUUGUAUUUUAACUCUCUCACUCUUUCAUGUUAAUGAGUAGACCGAUAUUAUACGACUUUCCACUGCAAUUAUAAGACAAUGGUAAAUUAUAAAAAUAAAAUUGGUGUAUCACCACUUUCAAACAUUAGACGCCAUGCUUUAGAAACAAUGAACUCAAAUUACAAAGUUAUACCGUCCAUGAGCUAACGGAACUUAAACAGCCCACGCCCUCGAGACAACAGGUGAAUCUCUGGCGCGUGCUGAGAUGGGUGGUGCUCGUGCGCAUUGUAAAUUGUCGAAUUUAAUUCAUAUUAUCUCCCUUGAAAUGGCGGUGCAGGGGCGCGUCUCCGAUUGUUUUAAGUGAUUUUAAAAUGAGCAAAUUAUAAAAACGUACAACAAAUGAAUUAAAAGUGUCUUUCAUAUUACACACAUGCAACAGGUUAUGUGGUUUAUAAUACCACAUCUACCACGUUGAUAACACUUGUUGGCUUCCUUCACGUUAGCCUUUUCAUUGAAUAACAUGAAAAUUAACGACUUUACUACUAGUAACCAUAGUUUAACGUUUCUUCCCAAAGUAACCAAAAAUUUACAAUGGUCUCACUACAAUGACCAUAGCGUAACCAUGAUAUGGUAAAACACAGUAAAACUAAGUAAAAAGUGAUUUAUAGCCUACACGUUAAUACAACUAUGGUGCAUUUCUUGAGGGGAAUGUGCUUUUGAAAUGCAUAAGUUAAAAAAUUGCUCAAGUUAAAACUUUUAAGUGCAAAAUAGGAUAUUGUGGAUUUGGGUAAAUUUAGGUAAAAGCAUGACCAAUUGUUUCACAUUGACUAUAUGUAUAAUGUAAAUACAUUAAACGGUUAUGGUUUUUAUUUCAGGUUAAAUGUAAUAUAAUAUGUAUAUCCUCCCUAUGAAU